AUGGAUCCCAAUUAUGAUGUCAUUCAGGCGCCUGUGUGCGAGUCCAAUUCAAGUGUCGUUUCUAGUUCUGGUGGAUUGAAGAAGAAGAAGAGCAAUGUGGAAUGGGGUCGGAUUGUUUGGUUGCUGAGCUUAAAGGGGUUUGUGCCAUUUGCAAUUGGGCCGCAUUCUGUUCUUGAUGGGAUUCUUGAAGAUGAGAGAAAUGUGAGCUCUGUGACUAUUUUUGUGCCACCAAGAUUGGAGCUUGGAGCUCAUCAUCAUCCUCGGGCUUUGCUUGAGAAGAUUGUGAGGUAUCACAUUGUGCCUCAGAGGCUUACACACAGGGAGCUUUCGGCCUUGCCUGCGAGGACUCUGCUCAGGACUAUGGUUCAUGGUGAUCAGCCUCUGGAAGUCACUGGGUUUAUGAGUUUCAUGCCAGAAUUGGUCUCCAAUGGAGUGAGGAUCGUGGCGCCUGACAUCUAUUCUUCAAACCCCGAGCUUUCGAGGUGA